AUGUUAGAAUAUUCACCAUCAUCAUCCCGUGCCAUGCUAGUUAUUGGGCUUCAAUUAUUUUGGUCAUUCGGUGGUAUUUUUGAAUAUGUUUUGGGUAUGUUUAUUAUGCCAACAUAUGGAUGGCGUUUAUUAACAGUUCUCACAUCAUUACCUUUAUUCGUUAUUUUUAUUUUUAUGUAUUAUAUCACUGAAUCACCGCGAUUUUAUGUUGCAAGUGGUCAACAAGAAAAAGCUGAAGAUUUGCUGAAAAAAAUGGCUUUAGUAAAUUGCAGUUCAUUACCACCAGGGAAACUUGUUGAUACUAA